GGAGUGCAGCAAGAGCACCUGGGAAAUCUGCUGUUGCCAGAGGGCCUCGGGCCUGCGGGCUUGGGACACAGUUUCGACACAGCUUUGCAAGUUCCUGUGGGGAUUUGCUAUUUGAUCAUGAACUCUGUUUGGCAGACUCUUGCCCUGGCGCCUUCUGGUAAAUGGGAUACAGAUUGUGAUGCACUUCCUUUGAUUGUAGAGGUCAGACGUGCUGCAAAUGCUUGCGAGUUGAAAGGUGAGGAGUUGCAGACAUUCGUGCCUGCGAGUAGCCUCCAGCCCACUCACCAGUUCUUCAGCUUGCUCGCGGAUGACCUUUGCGAGUGGGGCCGGGCCAUCAUAGCUGCGUCUUCCCAGCAAGAAGAGACGAGAGAGUCGCUUGAGCAGUACGUUAUCUGGUUGAACAGCAUGCGGGAGGCUACGGCAAAGAAGCGUGUGAUGGAACAUGCUUGGGAGGCAUCCACAAAAGGGGCGACAAUAUCCCGAGCGAGAUUGUACCUCGAUGCUGCAUUUAUGAGCUACAUGAGGGAGAAGCAUGAGAGGUUGAUAGAUGAAGAGGCGGUUUUCUUUGCCUUGACAGACAGUUCUCCGCAAGGGUUUCAAAAUUGGCUAUUGACAGAGACUUUUGGGGUGGCAGGUGGCCAUGAUCUUUCGCAUGCAGCGGAGGUGUUCUUUGAUUUAGCUUUCUUGAGCAAGCGUCAGUCCGAGAUGAGAGAUAACGAAGAGCGGCUCAGUGUGGAAGAUCUUCAAAAUAUUUUGGAGCGGACGGAAGUGAUCCGGAGAGCUUUCAUGCACCAUACCUUCCCACCCACCGGCCUCGGAGUGCGACACACAACAUUGUCCCACAAGGUUCACGCGUAUCUUCAUUCCCUUCGCUUGGAGCACAGUUCUUGGGAGUUGUUGCAGAAAUUCCUGAAGAGGACGUUCACAUACACUUCCGAUAUGGGUACUGAAGGAUCUUUCAAUCUCACUCGUGUGGAUGUGCCGUCAUACUUUGGCUAUUGGCCAGACCAAAGUAGCAACUCGCAUUUGGCCCUGGAAUUUCAGGAUGCUGAUGAUAUUGCGGCUGAAGAGGAAGAUGAUGAGGGUGGUGUCGGUCCUGUGGCGGAAGCAGCUUCGGCCGAGUGCCAUUCUUUGGAUCUAAGUUCCUCGUUGUGGGUUCCGGGUAUGUUCCACAUCAUAGACAAUGCCACAAAGGAUGUUCUUCGUAAGAGCGAUGUUUGGUGCUCUGAUGUGAAGGGAAUGUUGGAGAGCGUUUUGCUAUUCUUCAAUGCAUUCCAUCGGCGAAAAUGGUUCAUUGCGAAGUGCUGUGUUAGACAGUUCCAGGCUUGGUCUGUGUUCUUUGAGGCAGCAGCUCCCAAACUGGAGGGAGGACGUGCCUGGGGAGUAGUCUCGGAGGGGAUGUCCUGGGUGUUGGAGCGCAAACUGAUGCUCCAGCAGGCUUGGUCGGCCGAUGCAUUGCUUCAGACCGGUGCACCAGCAGAGGAGAGCGAUCGUGCAGACCCAGGCGAGACGACGAAGCUUGUGUCCCGGGUAGAUGAGGCCCUCAACAGUCCGGUGUUCUGGGCAUAUCUGGGCGUUUGCAGCUGUAUCAUUGAUAUCCUUGAUAGGGUCACCAGCUGGACGCAGGGGUGUGCUUGUCAUGGCUCUCAUGUCAGGGCUCAGCUUCAGCCCUUGCUGCGUGGGCUCGGCCCGCUAUCUUGCCCAAUGCGGGGGCGUAGAGCGCCAGAGAUUGUCGAGGGUGCACUUCACAGGUUCAUUGAUGGGCUGUUUCAAUUCAACGAUUCACAGGUGACGCUAGUCCAUGUUGCAGGCUUGGAGCAGGACUUAAAAACUCGGUUGAUGUUGGACUGGAGUGCGAUGAAGGUGCACUUACGCAUGCAGUUUGAUUUGAAGCUUUCAUCUUGGAAGCAGCUUCCAUUAAGCACCCUGGCCUUGGGCCACUUUGAUGUUUCUGUUGCUCAGCGACUCAUGUGGACUUGCCUGGUUCAGUGGGAGAAUUUAACAGAGGAACAGAAGUCCAAUGCUCGUUCUCACACGAAGCAGUUGUUUCAAGACCGCAGGCAGGAGGUGCUGUCUUUCGUGCGAGGCGAGGACAGGACGGCCUUUGCACGAACACGUGCUUGUUGUGCCUUUGUACCUAUAUUGGAACAGAGCAUCGAGAGACGUCAUGCCAUUUUACAUCAACAUCUGAAGUCUGCCCCGCAUCAUAGUGCGCAUUUUGUUUCUUUAUGUGAGCGCAAAGACGAAGUCCUGUCAGUGAUUUCUGAAGGGAGAGGUGCGGAGCGCCUCGCCGAACUUUGUGAGUUCACCCGGUCGGCGCCACUGGUGGCUCAGUCUCUAGGUUUGGCCCGUCAUGAGGAUUUUGUUUCCUAUUUGAAUCCCGAGAAUGAAUCCUUAUCUCUUUCUACUCCGCAUUGCCUGGUUGCUGCAGUGGUGUAUCGGUGCGAUUUACGCACCCAGUACACAAACCUUCCAGCCUGUGACAAGAAACCUUACAAUCCUUGGGUCUUGCCUGUGCAGAACCAGCGCCCGGCUUUGAUGGAUGGUGAUGAUGCUGCUGCGCCCGCAGGGUCCAGCGAUCCUGCGCCAGGACAGGUGGAAAGCUGUGGCAGUGAGCACCUGCGCCAGAUGCUUGGUUUUCAUGCUUGGUCACAUCUUAGAACAGGUGCAGGGCCCCGCGACUUCUUUUCCUUGACUCCGGAUCAAGCCUUGCCAGUGAACAGUGACAUGCUUAUGGUGCCAUUCAGUGGAGCCAUCACAGGAAGUGGUAGCCAGGAGGAGCCUUCCAGGUUGCCCUUGAGCCUUUGUGAUGGCCCAAAGGGGGUUGAAGUGCAGAUGGAGUUUGCUGACGAUGCUGGGGUGCCCGAUGAGCCCAAUGAUCUUUCGGGUCUAGCCUUAGCAUUGCCGGGGGCGAGCAACCCUGCAGAGCAUGUCCCAUUGAGUUCCCCCUCCUCUGGUUCCAAACCGCCACCAAGCCAGCCCGUGCUAUUCCGUAUUGUUUCUGGGGCCCCUGGACAGAAGAAGUUGGCUCAGACGGACCAAGCCUUGCAGAUAGGUGGGGGUCACAUGGCGGUAGAGCGUUGUGAAGUACACGAGCUUGAUUAUCCAAGGCGGCAAGUGUCUGUGUACAUCAGCCACGGCGAUUGUGAAUCAGAGCUGUUGCAACGGCCUGCAUCCUUCGAGAGCUGCCUAGCCUGGACUGUGUUACACACAAAGGCAGCAUUUCGCAACGUGAGGAUUUCGUCUGCAGCGCAAGGUGCUCUGGACGAGGUUCUAAAGGAUUUGCAAGCAGUUGGUCUUGUUCAAGAAUGGGUUGGUGAUGAUGGUUCAUCAGAGUCAGAGUGGGCUUUGUCUUCAAAGGGCUUGGAUGGGUUGUGCCAGGUUGCCGUGCUUCACGAACCUGUGUCCUUGCUGAGCCUACCAACAAGUCGCAGUGAUGCCAAGCCUUUGGAACAGAUGACAGUGCUGGAGUUAGUUAUGCGAUUGCAAGCUGCAGGUUUCCAACUGGAGGUGCGAUCCACGGAUCUUAGAGCAGAGCCUGUUCCCUUCAACGUUUCUUCCCAAAGGCCGAAGAAGUGGUAUAUGCGAGACAAAAGUUUGGAUGUUUCCCGCCAAGCUGUGUUGAUGUUGGAGGAUGCAGGAACCACUCAUGAUGCAGGGCAAGAGCAGGAGCCCACUGAACCUCGCCAACGCAAGCGUGCAAUCCGUGCUAUCGAGAACAGGGGCCCUGCUGAGUCUGAUGAGCCCAGUGCUCCAUCUGCCGCCGCGGCGCCAGCUGCCAUUGCUGACGCUCCAGCUCGUGUAGGUGGGCCGGGCCGUUCUCGUCAGGUUCAUGCCAAAAGCUUUCGUUGGGGUGCCGCUAUGUUCACGUACAAGGAGCCAAAUGCGUAUCAAGUCAAGUGCCCGCGCAUGUGUACACACAGACACAGUGCUGGCCAUCAGACAUCAUGCACGAAGACACGAUCGUUUGCCUCGGGCAGUGCCGAAGCCGAAGCUUUGGUGAUUCGUGAAUUGAAAUACUGGGUGAGCCAGGCAAAGAGUUUCGCGUCCAGAACAGAUCAUAUGAAGAAAUGCAAGUUUGAAUCUCCUCCAGAUGAUGCAGAGCUGGAGACCUUGAAGAUCGCAAGUGAUUAUGAGACUGAAGAUGAGAAUCUUCGUCCUGUGGUGAAGAGGGCGCCGCAGCUUGACGGUGACAUCUUCUUUCGAGCCGGAGAGGAAGAGAUCAAAAACAUGAUGCAAGAACUUGCCGCAAGUCGCGGGCAUGGUCGCGUGGAGAAUGCGACUGUCAACAUGGCAGUUAGCCCCAGCGCUUAUGUGAACAUCGGCAAGUACGAGGCCCUGCAAGAGAGCCGUGCGGACAUUCGCUCUGGAGCUUUCCUUGGUGAUCUAGAUCAAAACCCCGAGUACAGGGCUAAAGCGGCUGCAGAUGACUUGAAGAUGCAGUUUCUCUCGGAGCAAGAGGAUGAUGACGGCGACAUGGAGGAGGGCGCCGAAGACGACCACGUCCAAGAGCCCGAUGACGAGGAGCUGGACGAUGAUCUUCUCGACGAUGUCGAGAGAUCCAGCUAUGGCAAAGAAUGCAAAAAGGCCUACAACAACAUCGACAAGCAGGAAGCCAAGGAGACCCAAAAGAAGGGAGAGCGGUGGCAACGAUGGCAAGAAACAAAGCGGUGCGGCGGUGCAAAGUUGAACGCGAUCAUCAUGAGAUACCCCGACACAGUGGAAGCUUCCAGAGGCUCGGGUGUAAAGAGGGGCAAGUUUGAUCUGGCUUACCACUUUGAGCAGAUGGAUUCCGUUGCCAAGGUUGGGAGUGGAGAGAAGCUGGUCUACAUGCCGUUCUCGAAAUGGUGCAAGCACGGGCCGAAGGAGCUCGGGCUGGACAUUCAGGAGACGAAGCAAAUGUGGCUGAGGAAGAAGAAAACAUUGCCUCAGAGUCAGCACAGGAAGACGAGCAAGGGCGUCCUCCUUCUCCCCAUGCCAUAUGAGAUCUUCAUUGUUGGCGAGAACUCCACCGAGCAUCGGAAGGGCAUGCGCCUGGAAGGACAGAAGCACAAGAAGCCAUCGGCUGAGCAGAUUCAGAAGCUCGAGAAGCAUGUUAACUCCGGGCACCUUGGAUUCGGAGAUGAGGCCUUCUCGAAAGUGGGCGGGAGGCAGUUGCUGAACCAUGUGCAUUCCGGAGGUCCCUUGCUUUUUGCCCCAGAUGGUGAUUCUGUGUAUGGUGCCGGUGAGAACUUCCGCGAGGAUAUGCUCGCAGAGUCCCAAUGCUUCGGUAGGUUGGCCCACGCGGGCGACGACAGUGCUGAGAAGGAACCCCAAGUCAAGGACGAGCGUGCUGAGGAACAGCAGAAUAAGAAGAUCAAGAAGAAAGCCUAUGAUGUCGCGGCCAAUCGGAACGGCCUUUUGCUGAAGGUCGGCAAUCAGCUCAAGAAGGCCGUGGAGGACCAGCUGGCGACGGCGGUGAAGGAGUGCGAUGAGAACUUGCAGAAGAUUAAGGACACUUUUUCAGGCAACGACUUGAAGUUCUUCGACGACAAUGUGGCCACGGUCCAUGCGCGGCAGGAGAUUGCAAAGGCUCUGCAAUCCCAAGAGCCCUCUGGCACCGUGGACCUUCGGAACAUCAUUGCACAGCAGAAGGGCGAGAAGCGGCUCAGCGUUGACGACAUCGAUGAGUUAAAGACUCUCCGGGAUGCGGUCCAGUUUGUGGAGGAUCAGGCGAGAGGCGCCGAGACCGAAGAUGGCAUCAAGCAAGCCGGGCAGCUUCUGAAGGAGACCAUUGCAACUUUCAAGCGUGUGGUUGCUGCUGUGAAUCGUGCGGCUGCCGACCUCAGGCGUGCUGGGGACCAGAAGGUGAAGAAGGCCGAAGCAGAUAUCGUGAGGAAGCGCAAGCAGGACGAAGCAAAGCAAAUGAAGGACCUGAAGGAGUUUCAGAAGAAGAUGAAGCAGGGCAGCGGUGCGGAUGGCCCUUUGCCUGGACUUUGGGUCACUGGGCCAAUGACCGAGAAGUUGUGCCAGCCUUUGCUUGUCUACGAAAGCUUGGAUGCUCUGAAGAAGGAGUUCAAGGCGGAUGGUCAGUUGCACGACGGCAAGCCCUACAUUGUCAAGUUCAAUGCCACCGGCAACAUCAAGACCGAGCUGGAUAAGGGUUCCGUGAAAGGCUUUCUUCAAAUCUUUGAGACGCAAUUCCCUCUCAGCAAACAGGCCCGUGAGAAGGGCCGCGUGCAAUCAGUGCAAUCCAUCAUGAAGGUGGAGUCGACGAACAAGAUCAAAGAGCUGAUGCUUGAGUUUGUCUCCAGCAAGAGCGUGUGCUUCCAAAGCGCAUCUGGCCCGGGCCAGGAUGCUGCUACCAAAGGCCCAAACUCAGACUUGGAUUGCUUGCACACUUACGGUUUCACGAGCAGCAUGCGCUUCAGCGGCACAGAGUACAUGGGGAUGAGUGCCCUCCGAUACUCUGUGAAAGGCGAUCGCGAGGUGGUCAUCGUGAAUGCAGCCGAGAUGUGGCCCAUCGUGCGCGAGCACCAUGCGGAGGAGGCCGCGAAGCUGAGUGCGGAGAAGAACGUCACAAGCUUUAUGGGUGAGAAGCUCAUGUACGCCCAGGUCGAGGAUGCUUGGGUGCAGGCAUUGUUCAAGGAGGAGUCCGCGAUCAUGUGGAAGGGCAUUGUACCGGAGGGUUCGUUCUUCGUGCCCGCCGGAGUGCUCUUGCUGGAGCGGAGCAUCAACAACCGCCUUGGCAUGGGCCUCCACAUGGCAUUGGACGACACGUCAAAGUGCUCCGUGAACAACCUCGAUGUCCUUCUUGCGGCACACAUGAUGUAUGCAGAUGCCAAUGACAGGUUGGCGGUUCGUUGGCGAGACGUGCUCAGCCGUGCUAAGAAGCCUGCGCAAGCAGCCGGCACGGUGGCACCACCAAGCUAG